AUGCCGCUGUGGACAUGUGAUUUUGAGCGCUGCCGCAGACCGGCUGUCCGCACUCUCGGCGAUUGCGUGCUUUGCAACCGCCAUCUAUGUUCCAACCAUCUUCAACCUGAGCUCCACAGCUGCCCCCGGUGGGAGGAUGCAGAUGCCUACGAUCCUGCCGCCCGGGAGGCUGAAGAGCUCAUUUACGCCAAGGCAUACCCUGUUCUACCCCCCCGCUUCGGUAUGACAGAGCAACGCGAAGUUCUGUGA